AAUACGCCUUUGACGCGUCUAGUCUGCCGGAAAUCAAAAGAAGAAGAAGAAGAAGAAGACCUGUGAGCAGUGGGGGUGGACUGACGCUCCGCCGGAAAACAUAGUACAAACCUUUACUGUCAGAGCUGCCUUCCUGAAACUCUGAGGUGUUGGUAAAACCUUUCCCUGCAUGAUGAAAGUGAGGAGGGUUGAAAGGACAGUUUUGAGCGUGGAACAGGCCGAAGGAGCUGGUGCUCGUGUCCGCAGGAGCAUUGGUAGAAAGGAGCUGAGAAAUCUGGAUCCAUUCCUGAUGUUGGAUGAAUUUAGGGUGAGCAAGCCAUGGGGCUUUCCAGAUCACCCACACAGAGGGUUUGAAACAGUAACAUACGUUUUAGAGGGAAUAUCAGCCCACGAAGACUUUUGUGGCCAUUCAGGACAGCUGGAACCUGGGGAUCUGCAAUGGAUGACCGCAGGACGGGGAGUGGUUCACGCUGAGAUGCCCGUGUCAGAGGGGCCGGUGACGGGCUUACAGCUGUGGGUGAACCUACCGAGGCGGGACAAAAUGGUGGAGCCUGCUUACCAGGAGCUGAGAGGCAGAGAGAUUCCCAAACCGAACCAAGGAGGAGUUACGGUCUCUGUGAUAUCUGGAGAGGCCUUAGGGGCAAAGUCCAAGGUCUACACAAGGACACCGACCUUAUACCUGGACUUCAGACUGCAGACAGGGGCCAUGCAUAUCCAGCCAGUCCCCCCAGGAUGGACUGCAUUCAUCUACACACUAUCUGGAUCUGUUCAUGUCGGCCCAGAUCAGGAGCAGCAGAGAAUAGAGCCACAUCACACCGUGGUGUUUGGAGAUGGAGACUGUGUCAAAGUUGAGAACAAGGGCUCUGAGGUUUCUCAUUUUGUGCUGAUUGCUGGAGAGCCCAUCAAAGAGCCGGUGGUGCAACAGGGUCCCUUUGUAAUGACUACAGAGGAGGAGAUCAGACAGGCUAUUAGAGAUUACCAGACCGGAAGCAAUGGCUUUGAGCGGGCCAUAAACUGGAGGUCCAAGAUCCGAGACUUGACUUCCUGAUGAAAAUGUUGCCACACUUGUUUCCUGCUGUAAAGACAUAUUUUCCAGAUAUUUAUUCUGUGGCCAGGUUGUGAGGAUGUGCAUCCAUUUGCCAGGAAGAGUACAUGCUUAUAGUACCUUCACACUUUCCAACAUUAGUCAUAACUUCCUACACUGUGUCACAGACAGUACUGCUCACAGACUGUACUGUGACGUCAUGUUGGUAAAUAGCAAAUUAAUUGCUCUCCACUCCUCUUGUUUAGUUUGAACUUUAUUGAGUUUUCCCACAGUUUGCUACCAUGCCGUUACUGUAGCACAGCUAAAAUACUGAACUACUGAAAAAAAAAAUAGUUUGAGCAGUUUGGUAAAAUGUAUCAUUUUUGUGAAGCUGUUUUUAAGUGCAUCAGUGUUUUGGGAGAUGUUUUGAUGUGUGAAAUGAUUUUGUACUAUAAAAUUUGUUAAAGAACCAUGAA